AUGAAUAAAUCUGUCUGUCUAUAUAUCUAUCUAUUCACAUAUGUCUGUCUGUCUAUCUAUUUAUCAAUAUAUCUAUCUGUAUUCACAUCUAUCGAUCUAUAUUUGUUCACAUCUAUAUAUUUGUUCACCUAUUUAUCUAUAUUUGUUCACCUAUUUAUCUAUAUUUGCACACAUCUAUCUAUCUAUCUAUCUUUUUUCUUUGUUUACAUCUCUAUCUAUCUAUCUAUCUAUCUAUCUAUCUAUCUAUCUAUCUAUCUAUGUUUACAUAACAAUCUAUCUAUCUAUCUAUCUAUCUAUCGAUGUUUACAUAUCUAUCUAUCUAUCUAUCUAUCUAUCUAUCUAUCUAUAUUUUUGCCUUUUCCCAAGUUGAAUAAUUUACCCAUCAAAUUCGUUACUGUUGGGGGUCCGCAUCUUUCGUUCCGAUCUAUCUAUCUAUCUAUCUAUCUAUCUAUCUAUCUAUCUAUCUAUCUAUCUAUCUAUCUAUCAGUUUCCUAG